CAAUCAUUGCCCAACAGAACCGGGACAACAGUUCAGGAUGAGAGCCACCGUCGUUUGCUUGUUGGCGUUGGUAGUCGCCGUCUGCGCCAGGGACAUGCGUCUCAGGCGGGACCUCGACUUACAAACUGCAGCCUCCCAUAAGUGGGAGAAGGGCGAUGGUGGAGAAUAUCAUGGGCAUCACCAUGACGAGCAUGGCGGACAUGGCGAAAAGGGAUACAAAGGGUACCAUGGCCACGAGCACGGCAAAAAAGGACACUCCGACCACGAAGGACAUAAGGGACACUACGACGAGAGCGGAGGACAUAAGAAACACCAUCAUCAUGACGACGGCUACUACGACGAACACCAUCAUGGCGAGAAAGGUGAAAAAGGUCACGGUUUUGAAGAAAAGGGACAUUUCCACAAGGGUCAUUCCACUAAAGGACAUCACGGUAUCCACAAAAUAGACGAAUUCAAGAAAGAUAAACAUUUCCACGACAAGCACGGUGAAUCAGGAUUCGAAGAAGGAUACGGUGGACACCAUCACGAAGGAGGCUACAAAGAGGGUGGACACUUUGACAAAGGACAUAAAGAAGGUGGCUUCCAUGAACAUGAGCACGGCAACAAGGGUUCCUUCGAAAAGGGAGGCCACCAUCACGACCAUAAGGGUCACCAUGACGAAGGUGCCGGCCACGAGUACUGGGGACACCACGAGGACCACGGCAGCAAGGGAGGACAUGAGGACCACAAAGGUUGGGGCUUUAAGAAAGGUCACAAUUAAGUUACU